AUGGCAGCACUCAGGCAGUCACAAGGACAUGUUGUGGUGGGUGCUACUUUUAUUAUUUUGCAGCCUCCAAAUGUCGCCGUACCGCCGCAACAUUUGAUUAUGAUGCAACAACAACAGCAACACGGUCAACAAGCACCAAUGAUGGCAGCAGGACCAGCACAAAAUCCAUACGCAAUGCCACCAAUGGCACAACAAGUACAAAUGAUCCCAACCACGAGUAUGCAAGCACCAAUGAUGAUGCAGCAUCCUGCACAAUUGCAGGCCGCACCCGGUGCCCCACAGCCGGCAUAUGCCGUCGUUAAUCCGACACCGGUAAACGGUAUUAUAGGCUUGACACCAACACCUCGAGGAGUUUUUUCGAAAUAUGUAACACCAAAUCCAGCAACAUUCUCGUACGAUCAAAAUUCCGGUUACUACCUCGAUCCUGAAACGAAGUUCUUCUAUGAUCAAAAAACCGGCUACUAUUACAAUAAUGACACAAGGAAGUGGUGUUCAUGGGAUCCCACCUACAGUACCUAUUUCCCAGUGGAAGAUACGGUAAGUUGA